GGCGGCCGCGCAGACGCUGUCGGGCCCCGUCUUGGGCCGAGCCCCAGCUCCCCUGCAGCAGGCUGUGGACGGGGGCGCCUCCUUCCUGGGCCCCGGACACAGCCGAGGCGUCCUCACUAUCUGUGAGGCCGGGGCAGGAGCGGCGGGGGCCGCCCUGAGGUGGGUGGGAAUGAGCGGCCCGAGGUCCUGAGGUCCAGGCGUCCUCCCCGUUCCCCCGCUACCAGCCCGAUUUCCUCGGAAGCCACGCCCCCGCACGCCGGGCUGGUAAUCCUGGACUCUGCCUGCGGCGCCUUGCCAGGGCUCCCACGGGCGGGCUGCGGGCCUCCGCACUGGCUCCUGGAGCCUGACGACGAAAGAAGCUCAGCGGCGGGCGCGCGGGGCACUGUGGGUAGCGCGGGGGCUCACCAGGCGGAGGAGGGGCGGGGCGUCAAGCUCCGCCCCCGCGCCCCAUUGGCCGGCAUCAUCACCGCGCGCCUGACUGACAGCCGUGCAUAGGGGCGGGGCGCCGCCACCGCUUCCGCCGGGCCAUGGGGCCGCGCGUGCUGCAGCCGCCGCCGCCGCCGCUGCUGCUGCUCCCGCUGGCGCUGCUGCUGGCGGCGCUGUCGUGCGGUGCCAAAGAGAGCUCGCCGCCGCGCCCCGCGCAGGUCACGUUGUCGCCGCCGCUGGUCGUGACGAACGGGAGCCAGCCGGGCGCUCCGCAUAACAGCACGCACGCGGGUCCGCCGGUGUCGUCGGGCUCGGCGGUGAAGCGCUCUUUCUACGUGAUCCUGGGCUUUUGCGGCCUGGCCGUGCUCUACUUCCUCAUCCGGGCGUUCAGGUUGAAGAAGCCUCAGCGGAGGCGAUACGGACUCCUGGCAAACACCGAGGACCCCACCGAGAUGGCCUCGCUGGACAGCGAUGAGGAGACGGUCUUUGAGUCGAGGAAUCUGAGAUGAUGCUGAGCCAGGGAGGCGGCCUUUCCGGCGGCCAUGAGGGAAGGACAGGAGAUGGGACCCACCCCAGUGCCCAGCAACCCCCCGCUCCACCGCUCAUUCCCCUGCUGGCCCUGGGGCUGGCCUCACCCAGUGCCAACCCGAGAGCUCCUUUUGGAACCUGUGCAGCCUGCCUGCCUACUGCCACCUGCACCUACCGCCGGACCACACAGCCUCGCCUCCUGGAUGCUGCCCCAGCCUGGCCAAGGGUCCCAGGUGAAGACCGGAGGGGCCCCGACAGCCGCUGCCCAGGACUCUGAGGCCCCCUUGCCUGACUGUGACUUGUGUCUCUCCCCUACCCCCGUGGGGGCAUGGCAGCCCAGAACCGAGGCUGGGUGGGCAGGUGACCCAAGGGACCUUUCUGGGAACGCCUUCCCACUGGGCUGGGAACAAUAAAUGCAGCCAUGUCUCUGCA